CCGACCCGAAUUAAAAUCUAGCAUACAUAUGUGCACACACAAGAGCAUUAGAAACUACCACUCCUUCCAUGUCCGGGUAUAAGAAAAUUUAAAACCAGGCAUCACCUCAAUUUCACUCAAUCCCCCAUGAAACCCCAUAAUUUAUAUUCCAAAUUUCUCAAUCCUUAGCCUCUAGGGUUUUUUCCUCCUAAUUUAUGGCCUUGGAUAGAAUACUUGAGCUCCUCAUUGGUUUGUAAGUGAACUGGGAUUGGGAAAGUUUCAUAGGUACUAAUCAAAUUGCAGAUUCUGAGAUGUUUAGUCAAGGGAGUUAUAAUACUCAAUUUGGACAAGGUCCUCAGACACCCAGGGCACCUCCAUUUUUACAGCAGCCACCGGUUCUGCCUCCUUUACCUCACAAUUUCCAGCAAGGUCCACCGUUACCAUCAUCUCAAGUUCUACCUCGCCCUGGUCAGCCUGGCCUGCCUAUAUAUCAGCAUGGUCCUAUGGCCCCACAUCUUGCAGUUCGGCAAGGUCCACUUCGGUUGCCCACCGCAGGUCAGCCUUAUUUGCCUCCACCGCCAACAGUUCCCGGACAGUUGCCACAUGUAUAUACAACUAUACAGCAUUCUUCUUAUUUAGCACCUGGACUCCCUCCCCCUCCUCCUCCUGGAGCUCCAAUGCAUCAGCUGCCUCGCCAGCCAGUGGGUUUGCAGAGUCUACAGCAAGUUCCACCACCCCCUCCUCUCCCUCCUACUUAUUCAAGUUUAGCUCUAUCUGGGAGUACUUCAGCAGAAACAGUUGGAAACUCUCAAAUGGCUUCCACGGUUCUUCCACCAACGCCUCCUCCUCCACCACUACCUCCUUCUCCACCACCAAUUCCACCAUCUUCACCACCACCUGUCUUUUCCUCAUCUUCAGUAUCUAUGCCUCUUCCUGCUGGUUCCGACAUAUCCCAUGUCUCUAAUCUUGCUGAUUCGAACAAACUACUCAAACAGACUGCGCAUAAUAUUCCUGUACGCAAUUUUUCUGUGGGUGAUGGAAGUCUACUUUUGGAACGUCGAAGUGGCAGCGAUGUGAAUUGUCCAGGCAAAGAUGUUUCUUCAUUGAAAAAAAUUGCGGCAUCUUAUGAUCCUUGUCCACCUAAGCCAAAAGAAGAGAGAAUUGUCCAGAAGAUCGAAGAUUUUUGCCAACUCAUUGCCAAGGAUGGUUCUUCUUAUGAAGAAAUGGCUCGUCUAAAGGAAUAUGAGAAUCCAGAGUUCAAGUUUUUAUUCGGUGGUGAGCCGGAAAGUGAAGCUGCAAUUGCACAUGAGUAUUUUUUGUGGAAAAAGAAGCAGAGUCUUUUGGCAUGUGAAUCAGACAGAAUCCAACCUGCAAUGUCAACCAAUCGUUCGAUGGUCACAACUGAACCGCAUUCACCCGCUGAUUCUGAUAUGGAGAUGGAAGAUGAUAUCACCAGGUCUGAUGUUGACCAGGCUGUGAAUCCGCCUACUGAAACUUCAACUCAAGCAACUGAUCCUGUAAGCAGCGAAUUUGAUAAAAAAAAGCAGUUGAAUGCGCUAGUGAGUUCAGCAGGAUCUGAUGCAGCCACGAUGGUUUUAUCUGAAAGACUGGGUGAAGACGGGUCAAAGCUAGCCUCCAGUCAUGGUGACUUGACAUUUGGGAGGUCAGUUUUCAGAGUUCAAAGCCCAGUCAUUAAUUCAACUGCAGCUACUGAAUAUCCCUUUUCUAGCGACAGAGUGAAAUCUUCUACAUUCUUAACUGAUGAUAAUAGUUCAUCUAAGGCUGGAGCAGCUGCCAAAUGCAUAAAUUCUGACAGCUAUUUGGGUCAAGUUAUUAAACGCAGUAGCCCAUUCAGACAUCUGCAAGACUAUGCUUCUAAUGACAGCUCAGAAAAUGACGACGAUCCAAGUUUGAAAGAUGUAAAUCCUGAAACAGUUUCACAAUUAGUUGCAGUUGGCACUGAAAAUUUGCAUAGAGAUACCAGAAUUGAUUUGGAGGGGGAUACUGGAUCUAGGAGUCUCUGCAAGACAAAAGGGGGGUUUGGGCAACUUUCUGAAUCUGGCAUUUCAUGUAAAGCUUCAGACUUUUCCUCAUAUUCACAAAGACAGGUUAAGGAGACUGUCUCACUAUCCACUGCUGGUGGAUUGAGUACCAAACUUACUGAUACUAAGUAUGAGAACCAACCAUCUAUCAACAAUGCUGCUUCUCAGAACAUUAUCCCAAAAGAAGAUGCCUCAGGAGGUGUGCAGGAAAAUGUUUCUUUUAGUGGUAAAUAUGAGGACAAUGCGGACAAUGUUGCAAAAUCUACUUCCAAUAUACAGAAAAUAGAUAGGUUUGGAAGACUGGUCAGAGAAGGUGCUACAGACAGUGACUCUGAUGAUUCACACCAUGCUUAUAGGCGUAGUAAAAGAGGGAGAAGCCGGAGCCAUUCACCUCUAGAUAGGAGGAGGAGGAGGAGGAAUCUUACUCGAAGAAUAAGAGAAAAGAGAAGUAGAUCUCGCAGCUGGUCUCCCAGGAAUCAAAGAAGUAGGAGCAGAUCUCCCUCUUUUAAGCAGGCAGGUGAAUUUAGCAGUGUCAAUGGGAGAAGAGAAAAGGGUCACUUGCAAGAAUGUUUUGAUUUUCUCCGAGGCAGGUGCUACCGUGGCGCAUUCUGUCGUUAUAUGCACCAUGAUUCUGAGAAAAAUGAUGGACCAAAGCAUCGGAGGAGCAAGCAACAAGAAGUGCAGCUUCCACCCAGUUCAAAGAAUUAUAAUACUCAUGAAGGUAACAAGAAUCUGUCACUAAAUGUAUCAGACCAUGGGCAGGAAUGGAUGAACCAGGAAAUGCAGAACAAUCAGGAUAAGCCUGCUAGCAGCAUUUGUGCUACAAAAGAUAACACUGUUGUCAAUAGCAAAGAAGAUUCUGUUUGUGAUGCAUUAGUUGAUUUGGAAAUAAUCAAAGCUGACAGUUUUAGAGUGUUUGUUGCUGAAGUGCCAAAAACUAGAGCAGUUGAAGAAAGAUCUGAAGAUGGCAAAAGUUGCAGAGAUGAAAAUUUUCAGGAAGCAAUGGAAUCUGACCAACCAAUGGUGGUUGAUAUUUUUCCCUCUAAACCUGAAAGUGAUUAUAACAUCUUUAAGUCACAUGGUGAAGCUUCUCAAGAUGUAAUUUCUUCUUUGAAGAAUUCUGUGAUUCAACAAUCUCAGUCUUUUCAGUCAGAUCCAGCACUUGGAGGCGCUGAUUAUCAUGUCCAACAAACUGAUGAUUCUUCUAUAUCUAAUACAUCACCAGAUGAAACAUCUAGCACUUCUCCAAAGAACAUUCAUAUUAGCGAAACAGUUCCAAAUUCAGCAGAUUCUUUGAACAAUCCUUCGCAGCAGCCCCCUUUUCAUCUUUAUGCUCCCAAUUCAGAUGGUAAGGAUGCUCCACAUAUGGCACAGCUAUCAAUGGAUUACAGCUUGAUGCUGCAGUCUGCAGCAUUUCAAUCUCAAUCUGCUCCCCUUGAAAAUUUUUCUUAUAUGUUGCCCAAACAAAAUUCUUGCUUUUCUCUACCAUCAAAUACAUCAUCUGCCACAUUGCCAAUGCCGCCACCACUGCUAUUGCCAGCACAUGGUGCAGCUGGAAAUGCAGUUGCUGCACCAGCAAAUGUUAAUUUGCAAUUUCAGCAGAGUUGCUUUGGUUCCCAAAUUCAAGUUGGUGAAUUCCAGCAUCGAGCCUACCCUCCACCGCAAGAGUCGCAUCAACCUCUAUUACAUUUGGAUGAUUUUAGGUUGAAGCCUCUACCUGGAUGCAAUCCAUCCAGUCAACAAAUUGGAGAUAGUGCCCUUUUUGGAGAAGAUUGUUUAAAACAGCCUUCAUUGCAAGCUACAAGUGUUUUAGAUUCCUCCAGUCGGAGCAACAAUUACCCUCAACCUAUGCCCUUUUUACAGGAUGGAUCAGCAACCAAACAAUCUCUUCCUCGUGACAAUUUACCUACAGAAGACAUUUUGAAGUCUUAUUCUCGGAGUGAUCCAUACUCACAGCGGCGACAGGCACCCUACAAUUUUCAUCAUUCUGUGCCUGAAGUUGUCUACAGUCUGCCUGGCAAUAACAUUUCUUCAUCUAUAUAUCGACCAGAUCUUCAAGAUAGAAAUCCACCAUCACAUUCUCUUGUUUCUGGAUUAUGGAGAAAUUCAACUCACUUCAAUCCUUAUGCAUCUACUUUUGAGAAGCCACUCAGCUCCAGGUUCAGUUCUGGUAUUUUCAGGCAAGAAAAGGACACAAUGUAUGGUGGCACUCAUGAUCGUCCUUUGGGUAUGAGCCAUGUCUCACUUGAUCAACAGGGUGUUGGAUCAAGAGAGGCAACUUCACCAACUUCUGCCACUGGUGUUAGGAAAAUUAUUCCUAUGUCUGGUGGUGAGUCUGGUGACCAGUAUGAUCCACUUUUUGACAGCAUUGAGCCAUCUUCAAAAUCAUAUAAAGCAUCAGAUCAUAUCCAGAAGUGGGAACCCUCUGGUGAUUCUGGUAUUGUUUUGAGGCCCAAAUGCUCAAACCAACUAUUGGAUGUGGAAGAGAACAACAAGAAGAAAGAGGUUGGUGGCAUUAUGCUUGCUACAUCUAUAGAUAAUGAGGAAUUUGGUGAGACAGCAGAUCUAGAAGUCGGUGAUAUUGAAGAUGGCAGCCAAAAUAAUCCCAAUGCUUUAACAAACAUGAAUAUGGGUGAGAUGGAGAUAGAUCAGCUAUCCCCAAGGAAGAGCAAGGACUCUAGAUCAAUGAAGCUUUUCAAGGCUUGCCUUGCACAUUUUGUAAAGGAGGUUUUAAAGCCAUCAUGGCGACAGGGUAACAUGAGCAAAGAAACAUUUAAGACUGUCGUGAAGAAGACUGUUGAUAAAGUGUCAGAAGCAAUGAAGAGCCGCCGCAUACCCAAGUCCAAGGCAAAGAUAAAUCAAUACAUUGACUCAUCACAGCAGAAAUUAACAAAACUUGUGAUGGGUUAUGUGGAUAAGUAUGCCAAAGGGUAAAAGUUCACAGUGCCUAUAGUUUUUGUUGAUGAUUCUGAUUGGAUGUACUUCCUCAUCUUCGGGACUUCUAUGCCAUUGGAGCUGCAGAACUUGAUUGAUUUGAUUGCAUAAAUUCAGAGCUGUGAGGAUAGAUGGAAAAAUUUCAGGUGGCAUUGGUAGAUUGCUCGUAUUGGAUGACACUUGUACCUGCUAGCAGUGGAAUAUAUGAAAGCCCAUAACAAGAAUUUGGAGUAUUUAUAUACCGCAGCAGAAGUUCUGAGAAGAGCUCCUAAAUGUGUAUGUUAUGGGCAUCCUUAAAUAUAAUUCUUGUGCCUAAUAUUUCCUCUGUUGGCUUCAUAUGGAAAAAUUCAUUUUUUAAAAAAGAAUUUAAACAAAUUUUUAUGCAAUCAUGUCAAAAAAAUAUUCAAUUAAAAUGAAUUUUUGUAAAAUUCUCAACUACAAACUAGCAGAGAAUGCCAUAUAUUUUGUGAGAGGUUAAUAUGUGCAAUGAAAAGUGAAAAAUAUAUUUGAGAAGGAACAUGUUAAUUGUGAA